UCUACGCGACUCGGGCGGGCAAUUUGAGCGGACUACUGUUGUUUGUGUCACCCGUGUGGCGAUACUACUCUACCUACUGUCAAGUAAAUACAAGGAUACUCGGUUAUUGUACAAGGAAGGCGGUCAGUAUGAACGAAGGGACGCCUAAAAACAUAAUGGCGGAAUCUGGUAAUCUUAACGGUUCUCAGAGAAGACGGUCAUCGCGGUUGAGUUCUCCUCCUGUGGCUAAAACUGACAACAACAUGGCGGCGGCCUCUGUUGCUGUUAAACGCUCCAUCGUUGUGAGGAAAAUAGCACCCAGAAAAACAGUCGCACCAUCAGAGCAAAACAAGGAGAACACGCCGAGACGGUCCGGAUCGGAAAGCAGCCAGCAGAAGAAGCCAAAGGUCUCCACCCCGGAUCCUGUCCCGAGUCGCAGGGGCUCCUCCUCGGCUAAGAAGAAGAAGAAGGCUGCUAUUCUGUCACCGAUCCUCCCCUCUUCACCGCCGGCUUCACAACCCCAGCAGCCGGCGGCAGACCCAGAGGACGCGGUGUGGUCGCAGAAAGUGCGCCGCUCCUACAGCAGGCUCAGCGACAAGUCCUUCAAUGGCCCCGACACCAGGGAGACCAUGUUCGGCUUUGAGAUGCUGAAAACCCCCGAGGUUGUCCGGAGAGUCGAUCAAUCCAAGACGGGUCUGGAGGUGUCUGGAUCCUUGUCUGGUCUGAACUCAUUCACGUCUUUGCUGGAAGGGGAAGACUGUGGUUCAGCUUUCCCCGAGCCGGACCUAAACAUCCCCGGAGUGGCUGUGGUGAAGGAGAAGAGGAGGAGGAAGAAGAAGGUGCAGGAGAUUGGCAGCACGGAGCUGGAGGCACUGGCUGCACAGAUGAAUGCAGAGUUUGAGGAGGCAGAGGAUUUUGAGCUGAUCGUGGAGUAAUAAUGAGACUGAAGGAAAGACUGAAGCAGCAUGUUAUUUUGUUCUCCUAACAUGCUGAAGAACUCUGACAACACUUACCUGUGUGCCUCAUACUCAAAACAUUCACCCUUAUGUACAUUCCCAGCUCUAUAUUUUGUGAAUUAAUGGUGUUUCAUAUGUUUGAUUCUUCAUUUAAAUGAUCUUAAUGUGGUCGUUAGGACAUUACUAGGUGGUCAAAUGAUCAGUAGAAAGACAAGUAAAACCAAAAGCAUCAUUUUUGUUUUUGUUAUUAUCAAUGCAUGUAUACAGAUUUUUUUUUUUACAGUGAUCAGAUAUCUUAUAUUUGUCACGUUAAACAUUCAGCUUGGAAUGAUAAAACAUGCAUUUUCUAAGUUUGUUUUUAAUUGGGCUUUGACUGUUUUAAUUGACUUUUAAGUCACAGACUGGAUGGUUGUACACAAGUUACAUAAAGGUGAAAUAUGUGAGUUUAAAAUGAUUAUUGUAAUCACAGGUGGAAGGUGUAGCUUGUAAACUUUGAAACAUUAUUUGACUGAAUGAUGGGAUCUGAGAGCUAUAACGGGAUUGUUAUCUAUCAGGAGAAAACUGACUAGACUGAUUUGGCAUUUUGUAUUUCUUCAUAAUAUUUUUAUCAUUGAAAAACAACAGAAAUGUGAGCAGCAGUUCAGAGGUCUGUAACCAGGAUAUCACCAUUUUAAUAUUGUUUUACAUCCACAUUUAAUUGGCGUAAAAUUUCAGAGUAAGACUGUCAGAAAAUAAAUGUUCUUAGAUUA